AGAUUAGCUUUAGCCUCAUCAAAAGAAGGAAAGAAAAGUUGACAAACCACUGAUUUUACUUUACUUUGACACCUCAAUAAUACCACCUUUCCUAAUCCAACCAAAAAACACAACAUUUACAUACACCCAAUCACAUUAUCUCCAAGUUACUGUCCAAAUACAGCAUUUUCCCCAAGUUUCAGUUUCCUUUUCUAACAUAUAUACCCCAAAUCCACCCAUUUUAUUAAGCCAAGAUCUGUCCUUUUGAUGAAAUUCAUACCCUUAAAGAUGUUGAAAUGUGGAAAAAAAUGAAGAUUGGUUUAUGGGGUUUGCUUAUUUUGCUUUUUAAGGCUUAAAGAUUGAAUCUUUUUUUAAUUAGAUAAGAUACCCAUGUUUAAUCUUGUGUAAAACCCUUUAAAGAUGUUGAAAAGUGGAAAAAAAAUGAAGAUUGGUUUAUGGGAUUUGCUGAUUAUGUUUUCAAAGGCUUAAAGAUUGGAUCUUUUUUUUUUUUUUUUUGGUAGAUAAAAUACCCAUGUUGAAUCUUGUUUUAGAAACCAAAGGUUGGUAUUUUAUUGUUAUGGAUGACAGUAGAAAUGAAGUUAUGAAAUAAUGGUGUAUUUAGUUGGUAUUGGUAAUGGUUAAAAAAAUGUAUGUUUAGUACUUUAAUUGAUAUUAUUGGUAAUAGUGAAAAAAAAAUGCAUGUUUAGUUCUUGGGAGCUCUGAAAUUGAGAGAUUUAUGUUUUCUAGUGCUUGAGGCUGAGGAUAAACGCCGUUUCGUUUAGGUAAUUGGUUUUUUUCCAAAUCAAGAAUCUUGAUUUUAGGACCUACCCCUUUUAAUAUUACCAAGAAAAUGUUGUGGUUUUGAUACUUAUUUUGUUUUAUAGAAAGACAAUUUAGCUGAAAGUUCAAGUGUUUGAAUUGUUGUUGAAGAGUUGGGGAAAGCUGUGAAUUUUGUUUUGUGAGUACUUUGAGUAAAGGGCUGUUUGGAUUGUUGUGAAUAGAGAAAUCUGUGAAUCUUGUUUUGUGAGUAAUUUGAAGGGGCGUUUGGAUUGUUGUUGAAGACUGGGGAAAGCUGUGAAUCUUGUUUUGUGAUUACUCUGAGACUACUGGUAAAGGGGUGUUUGGAUUGUUGUGAAGACUGGGGAAAGCUGUGAAUCUUGUUUUUUGAGUGAUUUGAGUAAAGGGGUGUUUGGAUUUGUAAGAAAUCAUAAUGGCAAUGUCCUGCAAGGAUGGUAAAUCACUCGAUGAUAACGGCAAGUAUGUCCGUUAUACACCUGAGCAGGUUGAAGCUCUUGAAAGGCUAUAUCAUGAGUGUCCAAAGCCAAGUUCAAUGCGUCGGCAACAACUUAUUCGUGAAUGCCCUAUUCUUUCCCACAUUGAGCCUAGGCAAAUCAAAGUUUGGUUUCAGAAUAGAAGAUGCAGGGAAAAACAGAGGAAAGAGUCAUCAAGGCUUCAGGGUGUGAAUAGGAAGCUGUCAGCAAUGAACAAGCUAUUAAUGGAAGAAAAUGAUAGAUUGCAGAAGCAAGUUUCUCAACUGGUAUAUGAAAAUGGCUAUUUCCGCAAGCAAACUCAAACUACAAAGCUUGCUUCAAAAGACACCAGUUGUGAAUCAGUGGUAACGAGUGGUCAAAACCACUUGACACCUCAGCAUCCCCCAAGGGAUGCUAGUCCUGCAGGGCUUUUGUCCAUUGCAGAAGAGACUUUAACAGAGUUUCUAUCAAAGGCUACUGGAACUGCUGUUGAGUGGGUCCAAAUGCCUGGAAUGAAGCCUGGUCCGGAUUCCAUUGGAAUCAUUGCUAUUUCUCAUGGUUGCACUGGUAUGGCAGCAAGAGCUUGUGGCCUGGUUGGUUUAGAUCCAACGAGGGUUGCUGAAAUCCUGAAGGAUCGCCCUUCGUGGUAUCGUGACUGCCGGGCUGUUGAAGUUCUAAAUAUGCUGCCCACUGCCAAUGGUGGAACCAUUGAACUUCUUUACAUGCAGCUUUAUGCUCCAACAACUUUGGCGCCUCCUCGUGACUUCUGGCUGUUACGCUAUACUACUGUUACGGAUGAUGGCAGCUUUGUGGUUUGUGAAAGGUCACUGGGAAAUACUCAAAAUGGUCCAAGUAUGCCGCCAGUUCAGAAUUUUGUGAGAGCAGAAAUGCUUCCUAGUGGAUACUUGAUUCGACCCUGUGAGGGCGGCGGCUCUAUUGUGCAUAUUGUAGAUCAUAUGAAUUUAGAGGCAUGGAGUGUGCCAGAGGUGUUGCGUCCACUGUAUGAGUCAUCUGCAGUGCUUGCUCAGAAGACAACAAUGGCAGCACUACGCCAACUGAGGCAGCUAACAUUGGAAGUUUCACAGCCUAAUGUCACUAAUUGGGGCAGAAGACCAGCAGCUCUACGGGCAUUAAGCAAGAGAUUGAGCAGAGGCUUCAACGAGGCUCUCAAUGGUUUCUCCAGUGAGGGCUGGUCUAUGCUGGAUAACGAUGGAAUGGAUGAUGUCACCAUCCUUGUUAACUCUUCUCCUGACAAAUUGAUGGGUUUAAACCUUUCUUUUGCUGAUGGAUUUACAUCUCUAAGCAAUUCAGUUUUGUGUGCAAAAGCAUCUAUGCUUCUACAGAGUGUGACUCCUGCGAUACUUCUUAGGUUUUUGCGUGAGCAUCGAUCAGAAUGGGUAGACAACAAUAUUGAUGCUUACUCAGCUGCAGCUGUUAAAGUUGGUCCUUGCAGCCUGCCUGGGACUCGAGCCUGUAAUUUUGGGGGUCAAGUGAUACUUCCACUGGCACACACUGUUGAACAUGAAGAGUUGCUGGAGGUCAUUAAGUUGGAAGGAGUUUGCCAUUCCCCGGAAGAUGUUAUAAUGCCAAGAGAUAUGUUUCUAUUGCAAUUGUGCAGUGGAAUGGAUGAAAAUGCUGUUGGUACCUGUGCUGAACUAAUUUUUGCUCCUAUUGAUGCCUCAUUUGCUGAUGAUGCACCACUCCUUCCUUCUGGGUUUCGCAUUAUUCCUUUGGACUCUGCUAAGGAAGCCUCCAGUCCAAAUCGCACCCUUGAUCUUACUUCUGCUCUUGAAACUGGGCCAGUAGGAAGUAAGGUGGCUAAUGAUCUUAAGUCGACUGGUGGCACAUCAAAAUCUAUUAUGACAAUUGCUUUUCAAUUUGCAUUUGAAAGCCACAUGCAAGAGAAUGUUGCAUCAAUGGCUAGAAAGUAUGUCCGAAGCUUCAUUUCAUCUGUUCAGAGGGUCGCAUUAGCACUUUCUCCAUCUCACUUCGGUUCCCUGGGAGGUCUUCGUCUGCCUCUGGGGACUCCUGAAGCUCAUACACUGGCUCGAUGGAUCUGCCAAAGUUACAGGCGUUUUUUGGGUGUGGAGCUUCCGAAAAUGAGUAGUGAAGGAAGUGAAUCAAUCCUUGAAAACGUAUGGCAUCACUCAGAUGCUAUUAUCUGCUGCUCUGCAAAGGCUAUGCCAGUUUUCACAUUUGCAAACCAGGCUGGUCUUGACAUGCUGGAGACAACCUUGGUUGCGCUUCAAGAUAUUUCUUUGGAGAAAAUAUUUGAUGAAAACGGAAGGAAAAACCUCUGCUCUGAGUUCCCACAGAUAAUGCAACAGGGUUUUGCGUGUCUCCAAGGUGGAAUCUGUUUGUCGAGCAUGGGUAGGCCUGUUUCUUAUGAGAAAGCUGUGGCUUGGAAGGUUCUGAAUGAAGAAGAUACUGCUCAUUGUAUCAGCUUUAUGUUCGUGAAUUGGUCGUUUGUCUAAAUUUUUUAUUAAGGUAUCAGUAAAACUUAAGCAACAUCUCUAUCUUCCCGUAGGGAAGGAACAAACCGUUUUGAACUAGUUUGGAUUAACUUCCUUUUUCUGCUGUUGUUGCUACUGAGAAUAUUCCCGUAGGUAAGGAACAAACCAUUUUGAACUA